UAAUGCAAAAUUUGAAACAUUUUAAUAAUGUUCCUCUAAUCAGUGUUUGUAUAAAACCAUUAUCACUUAUUCUUGAUCUUGCACCAAUAGAAGCAUUGGAUCAGGUCUUAAGAAACUAUUGAAGACCAGGUUCAAAAUUUGACUCUUACCAUACGACAACAAAUUGUUUUUCAAGUUGAAAAAGCACUAGAAUACGUACAUCAGCAACAUUUAUAGAGACUUAAAAAGUGAAAAUGUGCUUGUUUGGUCUAUCUUAGUAUCUCUCCAGGAUCCUCAAGCCAAAAAAAUACAUGUUAAAAUGUCAUUAUGGUGAGCAUAGUUUUUUAUAUUAUACAAUAUUAACAUAUUAUCAUGGUUAUUUUGUUUUCUUUAAAAAUUAUUUUACAGGAAUUAGUGGCUUGUCUAUACCGUCUGGCACUAAAAGAUUUGGAGGUACAGAAGAUUUUAUGGCUUCAGAAAUAAUAAAAUAUAACUGUGAAGAGGAGUAUACUGAAAAAGUUGUCUGUUUUUCAUUUGAAAUGUUUAUUUAUGAACUGAUUGCAAUGCAUCAACCAUUUGAAAUUCAUGAAUCUGUAAAAGAAAGUAUUUUAGAAGGACAUCAACCUGCAUUGACUUAUAGAGUAAGAAAGUCUUGAAUAAAAGUGUGAAUAAUUAUUUUUUAAACAUUCUAUACUGAAUUAUUAUAACAUUUUACCAUUAUUAUUCUUAUAGGAAAUAGCCAUAUCCAAGUUAUUUAAUUGAUUUAAUGGCAGUAUGCUGGUCACAAAGUCCAAAAGAUCCCUCUUUGGCAAGUCAUAUUGUAUCUAUAGUAUCAGCUCCUGAGUUAACUCAUUUUUAGGAUGUUGGAUUGUUUAGUCAUUCAGCUGAUGUAAUAUCUUGUACUCAAGUACCAUUGUCACUCAGUAUGUAUUAUGUAUAUGUUAUUUUCGCAAAUAAUUUAUCAAAUAAUUGUUAUUAAAUUUUCAAAUUUGAUCUAAUGUGAAAUGUAUGUAGUUCAAUUUUACUAAAAUAAUUUUUGAACAAGAGUUGAUACUGCUGAUGUGUGCCACUCUUUGUGAUAGAAUGUUAGGAAAGUGGGAUGCAUAGUUAUUUAAUUUAUAUUUGAAAAUAAUUAUAAACCAUAGCUAAAGAAAAGUAAUUCUGAAUCAAGUCUAAAGAAUUUUCACCUCAUAACAUUUGGUCACCUCGUAACUGGAAUGCUUAUUAAUACAUUAAUAUGUCUCAUAUCUCAAUUAUUAUUUGUAAAUUAUAACCUUUUUCUCUUUCUAAUACAAAAACAAAUAACUACCAAUUAUCAAUGUUGUUAAACAGCACAUAUUUGUGUUUAGGAAUAAGUGUACAACGAAAAGAUAAGUUAUAAUAAAAUUACUCUACCUAGUUUGUGAUUAUUAUUUAAAAUAUCAUUGAAACCACAGCCUUAUUAUAAUUUACCAUUUUUAAAGUAGAAUUAAAAUGCUGCUGUACAAUGAUUGUUGUUUCUAUCAAUAACAAAAAUAAUUGUAAAAAAUACAAUUACUCACUGUAUAUUUUUAAAACAAAAAUAUUUUUUUAAAGUUAGUAAAAUGAAAAUUAUUCACAAAUUGUUUUUAUAUUGACUUCUUAAGAUAACCUUAUAUGUGAUUAACUAAAUGUUUAACUAAACUAAAACAUGAAUAUAAUACUAGGUACAAAUGAGUUUAGUAAAAUUUUGAAUUUGUUUUUUAUAUUAACUAUUAGUACUUAUGCCCAUGUGUUUUAUUAUUAAAAAAUUAUAGUUAUAAAAGGAUAGUUUGUUGUAUUUUGUUUUUUAAAACCCCUUCCAUCAGAUUAAGAUCGAAUGUGCAUUACUCAGGUAUAUAAUAUUGUCAUAUAAUACAAUCUAAUUUGUCUUAAGCAUAGACAUUAUAAUAUAGACAUAAUUGUUUUGUAUUAUAUUAUUUUAUUAAUAAACAUUUUAAAUAUUUUCAGUUGUUUAUGGAUUUUUUCAAAAAUAAUUAUUGAGCAAGCCAAUCAGUUUUAUGCUUAUUAACUUGGAUGUUUUACAUAAUAUUACACUAUUGUAAAUUAUAUGAAUUGUAUAAAAGAAAUUGUCAAAAGGUAUUAGUAUAUUAUUUAGUUGUUUCCCUAAAAUGCUUAUAUUUUAUAAUUUACAUUUUUGUUAAAGGUGUGAAGUGUUUAGAAAUGCUCUAGAAGUACUAAACAUUGGUGCUGUGUUACCAAAAGUGCAGUAGACAUUUUUUGAACCUGUCCCUAAAAUUCAAGGAGAUAAUCAAACCAAUGGCUCUAUGAUGGAAGAAGUCUCUCAAACUGAAAUUUAUAAUAAUAUCAGUUUGAAUAUUGUAUUAAAAGCAGCUGAUGGAGACCUUCUUAGAUGCAUGUAGUAUGUAUUUUUAUUCUCAUCUUCUGUUUCAGUUUAAAAAACAAUCAAAAUAGCAAAUUACAUCACUCAGAACAUAAACUGUGGAGUUUAGAUUUAAGAAGUUAGAAUUUAAACACAAAUAAAACAAUUUAAAUAGAAGAAUGCAAUUGGAAGCUUUAUGUUGAUUUUAUCUUCAAAACAAUUUAAAUUAAAACAAUUAUGUUAAGCCCUCAAAAAUUAAAAUUUUCUUAUUUGUAUUCAAACUCUAAUUUUAAACUAAACAAUCUAUGUUCUAAAUAACAAAACAUAGCAAAAUUAUGUUAUUUAGAACAUAAUUUUGCUAUGUCAUCUGUUAAUUAAACUGAGAAAACUUAUUUUAACUAGUAUAUGUGUGUUUGGUGCCUUCUUAAAUUAUGUUUCAUACAAUCCAUUUUCAAAUAAACUAAUAAAAUAAUUAUGACCAAUAACAAUUUAUAAAUUACUUGUUGUUUUUCAAGUGUAUACCCCAUUUAAAAUAUUAUUGUAAAAUUAUUGUAUUAUUGAGUAAAAAUGUUCCUUUUGUAAUAUUAAACAAACAUUGGCUGGUUCAGAAUGUUUCUAGCCAUUUAAUGAUUUGUUUAAUUAUUCAUAUUACUAAUUAUUUAACGGAAUUUAGGUGACAACUAUGUUAAUAUAUUAAUAAAUAAAAUGAAACUACAAUUCAUAUUAAAUUUUUUUUAAAAUUGAUAACCCUUGUACUUAUCUGUUGUAAAUAUGUAAAGUUCAUGAGAACAUUUUUCUAUUCAAAUAAAUUAUGUUUGAUUUAUUUACCCAUUGAUACAUAUGCUGAUAAAAGAAAUUCCAUUUAUCUUUAAGAUUUACGUUUAGCUAAUUAUAAAGAAGGGACAAAUUAUAUUGUCCAUUUCUAUUGUUUUAUUAUAAAUUCUUAACAUUAUAUAAUUUUAACAAGUCAAAUUGAAGGAUAAACACAAAAUAAAAUGUUAGUAAAUUGUUCUGCUAAAAUAAAUAAAUAUAAAUUUAAAACACUAAAUUCUGUCCCAUUUUACACAGACUUCAAACUGUCAGUAAGAAUUUUCAUGUUAAACAGGUAUGGUUAAAAAUUUUGUUUCUAAUUUGUAUAAUAGGCGAACUAUGUCUUGUUAAUAUUAAUUCAUAGACUGGAUUAUGCAAAACAAAUUUUAAACCUGCAGUGGCGUAUUUAAAAACUUUCAAUGGAGGGUUAAUAUAAGUAUUCACAGUAAAAAUCACCCCUUAUUUAAUGGUAUAAAAAAUAAUUUAAUUUAAAUUAAUACUAAAUUGUUAUUUUUUUUACUUUCAUCACUAUAGAAUCUUGUAGAACCUACACAUUUAAAACUUUUAAACUUUACAAUCUUAAAUUUCUAGGACAUAGUGUUAGUUCUGUUAUAAUUUUUUACUAUCAACAUGUACCCGUGAACAAAUAAAAAUACCAGAGAAAAAUCACUUAUUUUUUUAUAUAUUGAAUUCAUUAUGCCUUUUCAACAAACCAAAUUUAAUGAUAAACACAAAAUAAAUAUUUCUGUUGAAAAAUAAUAGAUAAUUUAAAACACAAAUUUCUAUUAUAUUUUACAUAGACUGUCAAUUUAACAUUUUUCAAAUGUAAUGGUUAAAAUUUGUGUUUCUAACUAAUAUAAUAGACCAACUGUAUUCAAUCUUUUCGAUUAUUAUUAAUUUAUAUAGGAUUACAGUGUACAGUGGAGGAAACUAUGGACCAUCAUAAAGGAAAUGGGAGUCCCAGAAAAUUUAAUUGACCUAAUCAGAAACCUUUACACAAAGUCAAGAGCAGCAACCAGAGUUGAAGUUACAUUAUUAGAAACAUUCCAACCUACCAAAAGUGUUAGACAGGGAUGCAUUCUCUCAGCUAUCUUCUUUAACAUCUAUAGCGAAGCAGUGUUAAGAGAAGCGCUCCAGGAAUGGAAGGGCGGAGUGGUUAUUGGAGGUAAGAUGAUUAACAAUCUGUGCUUUGCUAUGUGCCAGAUAUUAAACAGAGAUGAGCCAACUACUAAAACUCACAGAAGAAUCAAGCAACAAGUAUGGAUUGACAAUUAACAGAAACAAGAACAAGAUUAUGGUGGUUGAUUGAGCAGGAGUAUUAACAUCCACCACGGUACUGAACAAUUACCCAAAAAUAAAAGUUUAUAUAUCUAGUAUAUAUCUAGGUUCACUCCUACAAGCAAAUGGCAGUUCAUCAAGAGAGAUUAGAGACAUUAUACUAGGGAGGGAAGCAGUCAGCAGAUUAAUACCGAUUAGGAAGGAUAACCAUAUCUCUAAAAACUGCAAGAUGAGGCUACUUAGAACACUUGCCUUCUCAGUAAUGCAAUAUGGAUCCGAAAAGAGACUGAACAUCUUAAUCCUAGACACGCUUAAAGUGAAAAUAAGACUCAGCGAUAUGCGAACAACGGAUAACAAGGUUUUUUGGUCAUAUCAUAAGAAGUAAUGAAUCAAGUUUGUCCACAAUAUUAACUAAAGGAUCACCUAAAUUCUCUUUUUGGAAUAUAGACUUAAGAAGAAGAUAUAGAAUUAAAUAUAGAAAAUAAAUUAUAAACACGAUAAUAUAUUAUUUAUGUAGUACAUUUCUUAUAUAUUUAUAAAUAUAUUAUAUUUGUUCAUUAUAAA